UCUUAUUGUGUAGUAAUCGGGAACUGUGUGUGGUAUCUGGACUGUCAUGCUGACUGUGUGAAUGUUUAACUGGAGCUGAAUAAGAGUUUAUAACAGGGUUAAACUGGAGAGAAAGGAGGAGUAAACGGGUGAACUCGUGCUGUGGAGAGACUGUACUGAGCUGUAGUUUCAGCUGAUCUAAACUCGCAGAUUCUUCCAGAAUGAACAGUGAAAACUUCUCCCUCAGUGAGAAGAUCGUGUCCCAGUCUUAUGUCCGUCAGGGUCUUCAGGCUCGCCGCGGUCACGAGCAGCUGGUCAGACUCCUGUUAGAGCAGGGAAAAUGUCCAGAGGAGGGCUGGAGCGAGAGCACUAUAGAGCUCUUUCUGAAUGAACUGGCGGUCAUGGACAGUAACAACUUCUUAGGAAACUGUGGUGUGGGAGAGAGAGAGGGCAGAGUAGCGUCCAGCCUGGUCGCCAGACGACAUUACAGACUAAUCCAUGGCAUUGGCCGCUCCGGUGACAUUGCUGCUGUUCAGCCAAAGGCUGCUGGUUCCAGUCUCCUCAACAAGAUAACCAACUCUGUAGUGCUGGAUGUUCUUAAAUUUUCAGGUGUGAGAAGUGUAUCUUCAUGCUUUGUGGUCCCCAUGGCGACUGGAAUGAGCUUGACAUUGUGCUUCCUCACCCUCAGACACAGGAGGCCAGCAGCACGCUACAUUCUUUGGCCUCGCAUCGACCAGAAGUCCUGCUUUAAAUCUAUGAUCACUGCUGGCUUUGAGCCAGUGGUCAUUGAAAAUGUUCUGGAAGGAGAUGAGCUGAGGACUGAUCUAGAGGCAGUGGAGAAGAAAAUUGAGGAACUUGGAGCUGAGAACAUCCUCUGUGUCCAUUCCACCACUUCAUGCUUUGCUCCUCGUGUUCCUGACCGAUUGGAGGAGUUGGCUUUUUUAUGUGCUAAACAUAAUAUCCCUCAUAUAGUCAAUAACGCCUAUGGAGUACAAUCAUCGAAAUGCAUGCACCUCAUACAGCAAGGUGCACGAGUGGGAAGAAUUGAUGCUUUUGUUCAAAGCUUGGACAAAAACUUCAUGGUCCCGGUGGGAGGUGCCAUUAUUGCUGGCUUUGAUGAGGACUUCAUUAAGGAGAUCAGCAAAAUGUACCCCGGUCGCGCAUCAGCUUCUCCGUCUCUGGACGUGCUCAUUACUAUGCUUACCCUGGGGGCUAGCGGCUAUAAGAAACUCCUCUCUGAGAGGAAGGAACUGUACACCCACCUGGCUCAGGAGCUAAAGGCACUGGCGGAGAGGCAUGGAGAGAGACUGCUGCACACCCCACAUAACCCCAUAUCUCUGGCUAUGUCUUUGGAUGGUCUUCAAGCUAGUUGUGAUAAAGCAGUUACCCAGCUGGGUUCCAUGCUCUUCACCAGACAGGUAUCUGGAGCCAGGGUUGUCCCUCUGGGAGUGGAACAAACUGUGAGUGGACAUACGUUCUGCGGCUUCAUGUCGCAUGCGAAUGCCUACCCAUGUCCAUACCUUAAUGCUGCUUCAGCCAUUGGAAUCACCAAAAACGAUGUGGAGUUCUCCAUCAAAAGACUGGACAAGUGCCUGAAAGCCCUUAAAAAAGAAGGCAACGUAGAGAAGCAUGAACCAGUGACGGUGACAUCUGAAGAUCCAAAUGACCAAACAGUGCCCUGAGUCAGUGCUAGCUGAGCAAGACAUUUGUUCUGUGCACUUCUCUUGCCGACAAAGUGAGCUACAUUUCCUGAGGAGUAGGCAUUAGAGAGGGAAUGCUGUUUUUUUUAGUUUGGUCUUUUGUCCAAAAGUCGCAACUAGCUUGACUGUUUGACUUAAGCUGCGUGUUAAUGAACACUAUUUCAUUACAUUCCUUUAAUGCCUUUCCAUUGUCAUACAUUUGAUUUCCUUUUUUAUGAAGUUGUACUUGUUAAUGAUACUUGCUUAAAAGCAGCAGCUUUUUAAUGGCAGUGUUUGCAAGUCAUUAAACAAGAGCUAAACUGGA